AUGUAUACCUCACUCAGCACCAUCGUUGCCUCGGCUCUCAUCAUUGCUAGCUCCUCUUUCGCAGCACCAACACCUUCUUCCACCGCAUCUACAUCCUCAAGCGGUCUGACACUGUUCCAACAACUCGUGCUCGCCCCGAAUGCCGUCGAACGCACCAAACUACUCCCCAACGACAACGAUUUCCUCUUUGAUUUCAAGAAAGCCACAGUUGGCAUUGCAAAGGGCGAAGGAGGAUCCAUUGUGCGCGCUGACCACGCAACAUUCCCUGCUCUCGUCGGGUCUGGGGGCACUGUUGCAGUCGCUUUCCUCGGCCCAUGCGGCUUCAACACACCACACGUGCACCCUCGCGCUGCAGAGCUCAACUUAGUGGUCCAAGGACACUUGGUCAGCCAAAGUGUCCACGAGAACGGUGCUCGUGUCAUCAACCACGAGCUCAGUCAGUGGCAGAUGACUGUCUUUCCUCAAGGCGCGGUCCACGCCGAGUUCAAUCCCGACUGCACAGAUUCAAUCUUCGUUGCCAGUUUCCCAGAUGAGGACCCAGGUGUUGGACAGAUUGCCCAGGAGUACUUUGGUCUCAGCAAUGAGAUUGUGAAGGGCUCGGCUGGUGCUGAGGUCAGCAUUGAUGGAGCUGAUAUCGACCACUUCCGAAGCAAGAUCCCAGAAAAUGUGGCCAAGGGUGUCGAUAGCUGUUUGGCGAGAUGUGGGAUCAAGAAGCGCUCGCUUUAA